CGCUGCUGGCAGAGUCACGUGACCCCGGCGGGGUGCACGCGUCACGCCGCGACCCUAGCAACCGAGUGCGUCCUUUGGACCCAACAUAGCAACGCAGCAGGUCGACGCAAAGGUGGCAGGUGUGCCGAACGAGCGCGUCCAGCUGGCGAAUCGCACCCCUGUCCGUCCGCCGUGUUCUUUUUUGGUGCCAGUCGGCGCGCUAGGUGUUCCCAGGUGCGGACGUGCGCAGCAUGACCUGCAGAAGGCAUGAGCGGCAAGAGGAAACCCGUGCUUGAGGCGCGCUCCGUCGAGGACGACUCGCUGACCGAGGUCGAAGACUGCAGCUCGCCGGACAGCUGCGGCUCGGGGCCAACCUAUGGGCCCCGGCGGCCGGGCUUCAAGUUGCACGCGCACCAGAAGAGCGUGAAAAAGUCCACCGAGCAGCAGCAGCAACUGCAGCAACCACGGCCCCAGCAGCUAAAGAGAGAUCCACUACCGAUGAAACUGCGAGCUCUUCCUCACUCGUUCUGGAUUCAGCCGAACAAACCUGCGAACGUCUCGCCAGGAUCCGUGUACCCGGUGCUUCCGCCGCUAACGCGCGAGCCUGAUUCAUCUGAUCAGCGGCCUGAGAUGUCCAUUGUGACUCCCGCCAACACCGAUCUGCUCUUUAGCCUCUUCAAGGGCGUUGAGCAAGAGCUCGCCUCGAUACCUCCCUUGGUGCGCAGAGGGCGACAGAAGAAGACUCCGUCCACCCUGAUGGCCAGGGUUAUGAAGGACGAUGACCCCUGCCUGGGCAGUGCGAACGACCACGCUGCCCUGCCGCUGCUCAGGCAACCCACCUUUUACGAAAAGAUUCCACUGCAUAGUCAAGUGGUUACAAUACCGACUAGGGAGUGCGAGAAAACAAUGCUGCCGUCGUUGGACAGCAGCUACUCACAGCUUCUUUCAGAACUAGUGAUCCGACUGUGACCUGAGUGAGUGACACUGACUGAAAACGAAAGCAGAGACACUCCUGCGUUGAUUUAUUAAACAACAAAUAAAAUGUUCCUUAGUCAGUAAACCCCGUCCAACGAACAAAAGUAAUAUUUUGUAAUUAUUAGUCUAUAGAUAUUCACUAGUCAAAGGUUUCUCACUCUUAAUAAUAGUUUGAAAGCCGCUUGAUAAUAAAAUAUGCUGUUCUUUAGUUCGUGUAAUUUCUCAUUAAUUCUGAGUUUUCUGGUCAGUUUUAAGAGAUUUGUGAGUGUUUUUGUGUUCAAUUUUAAGAGAAAACCCAAUAGAAAAGUGAGCAGUAUAUACAUGUGAUGGAGACAAAAUAAUAAUGUGUACAGUUUAUUUUUAUCCAAACCAAAAUCCCCAGCAAUGGAAGGAUAUAUUGUCGAUUAUAAAUUUUGUUAACUUCGGCGCACAAAGUAGCAGUACGAAUGCCUUAUUUAUCGAAUAUUUUAAAGAGUAUAAAAACUAGGGACCAAAAAUUAGACAAAUUCUCUUUACAACCAGCACUCAAGAAAAUUUCCGUCCCACUUGACGCAGCAAGCAGUCUUUUUGUGUCAAUUGCUCAGUAAAUCUUUGGAAUAAUUGUAAAAUGGUCGCGCGACCCCGGUGGAAGGUGACGAGUGCGUGUCUUUGUCCUGAUUCCUAAAAGGGUCGUCGCGUCGAUGGGGUCAUCUACGUGAAGCAGUUUGAUUCACGCGUCAGAUCGAGCCCUGCUGGCCGUCCGAAGCUCCGCACCGAGUGGAUCAAGUGCCACUGCGAAAUGUGCGGAGCGUCCACACACACACACACACCAUUGCAUUAAAGUAGCUCUCUCUCAUUCAAUUUGUGCAUCAACGUGUACUGCAUGCUGCUGCGCAAUAAAUCUGGAGGAAAACCAGAACGAGAAUAUGUCUCUCGAA